GAGAGAAGAAGGCACUCUUUCUCAGGUAAACGCGCGCCGUUCACCUGGGCGUAGAGAGAGAGAGAGUCCAGUUCUUCAGUCACGUAGCGGCGGGCCGGAGGGAAGGAGCUCCGUGACCCUGAGGACAAUUCCCAGAUCCUUUACUCCAUUCUCUCUCUUCCUUGCCAUUCUUCUCGCCGCGAAUUCUCGUCUGAUAUCACAACGUCUUGCGCUUCCUUCCUCUCUUCGUCGUCGUCGUCGUCGUCUUCCGGCUGCCUCGUGAGCGCGCUAUUGCUAUAUCGGCGGCCCCGCGUCCGCGCGCGCGUGAGUUCAGUUCGGAUUUCGUUCCAUUUUGUGAAGUGAAUUGUCUUCGGCGGAUCGUAAACGGACCUUCAGUGGUGUACAUGUACUCUGGGACUAGAAUCUCACCGUAGAACGUAGGGAAAACCAACGAAUAUGCUGAUAAGAGAAUUGGCGACCGUUUGGGUCGCCGUCCUCUUGUGCCAUCUUCAGCUAACGGAGUCUCAGGUUCCUACUACAAAUGUCUUCACCUGUCCAAACGGAUGGGAGCUGCGAGGCAUACACUGUUAUAAAUUCUUCAACAUCAGGCAUUCUUGGGAAAAAGCGGCGGAAUUAUGCAGGAGAUACGGGAGCGAGCUGAUGGUGGUGGAGUCGUACAGCGAGAACAACAUGUCGGCGAACAUGAUCGGCCGGCAUUUGGAUCAUUACUGGCUGGGUCUCGCCUCGCUAGACGAUUUACGGACCAACACACUCGAAUCCGCCGCGGGAAUGCUCGUAUCGCAAUAUGCUGGUUUCUGGGCUCCUAAGCAGCCAAAUCCGCACUCCGGUGAAUGCGUGGACGUCGCCUUGACGGACGACCGGCAUACGUGGGAACUGACCACGUGCGAGUCGCUUCUUCCUUUCAUGUGUCGUGCUGACGCCUGCCCUUCCGGUUCGUUCCACUGCUCAAACGGCAAGUGUAUUAACGCGGCGUUCAAAUGCGACAAGCAGGACGACUGUGGUGAUUAUUCCGACGAAUUGGACUGCCCAGCUAACUGUCAGUACUACAUGGCCAGCAGCGGCGACGUCGUGGAGAGUCCAAAUUACCCACAUAAAUAUGCACCUCUCAACAAUUGUAAAUGGACGCUGGAAGGCCCUCAAGGACACAAUAUUCUGCUGCAGUUCCAAGAAUUUGAGACUGAGAAGAGCUUCGACAUAGUGCAGAUCCUGGUGGGUGGUAGAACCGAGGAGAAGUCUGUAAACCUCGCGACCCUUUCAGGCAAACAGGAUCUCAGCAACAAGCUUUUCGUCUCAGCCUCCAACUUUAUGAUUAUAAAAUUCAGCACCGAUGCCUCGGUGGAGAGGAAAGGUUUCCGCGCCUCGUGGAAGACCGAACCGCAGACUUGCGGCGGGAUUCUCAGAGCAACGCCACAAGGACAAGUGCUCACGUCUCCAGGAUAUCCGCAGAAUUAUCCUGGAGGAUUAGAGUGUCUGUAUAUCUUGCAGGCCCAGCCGGGACGCAUAAUGUCUUUGGAAAUCGAGGACUUGGAUCUCGAAAUGAAUCGGGAUUACAUUCUCGUGAGGGACGGAGAUUCGCCUAUGAGCCGGCCAAUUGCGCGUCUCACGGGAAAAUCGGAAGACAAUCCGACAGUGAUCAUGUCAACCGGAAACAAUUUGUAUUUGUAUCUCAAGACAAGCCUCGGCGAUUCCAGACGCGGUUUCAGCAUUCGCUUCACGCAGGGUUGCAAAGCCACGAUCAUCGCGAGAAACGGGACGGUCCAGUCGCCGUCCUACGGUCUUAACGAUUAUCCUAAUAAUCAGGAAUGUUUGUACAGAAUCAAAAAUCCGGACAGAGGACCGUUAUCUUUGAAAUUCAUCAAUUUCAAUGUUCACAAAACCGACUACGUGCAGAUAUACGAUGGUUCCAAUACGAACGGUCUGCGCUUGCAUCCCGGAAGUGGUUUCACCUCUAAUGCUCGACCUAAGAUCACGCUCACCGCGGAAAGCGGAGAAAUGCUCGUUAGAUUCGUCUCCGAUGCUCUGCACAGCAACGCGGGCUGGCAGGCUGAGUUUUCUGCCGACUGUCCCCCGUUGCAACCUGGAGAGGGAGCAUUGGCGUCAAGUCGGGAUACAGCUUUUGGUACAGUAGUCACGUUCUCCUGCCCGCUGGGACAAGAAUUCGCCACAGGCAAACCGAGAAUUUCCACGCAAUGUCUCCCGGGAGGCAACUGGUCUGUUACGUACAUUCCUAAAUGCCAAGAGGUUUAUUGUGGCCCUGUACCUCAAAUUGAUAACGGAUUUUCAAUUGGCUCCUCGAACGUUACUUACCGAGGACUGGCGACAUACCAGUGUUACGCGGGAUUCGCAUUUCCUUCCGGAAGACCAACGGAGAAGAUUUCUUGUUUGGCUGAUGGAAGAUGGGAGAAGAAGCCAUCUUGCUUAGCAUCUCAAUGCGCUCCGUUGCCAGAGGCACCUCAUUCCAAUAUAACUAUUUUGAACGGAGGCGGUCGAAGUUACGGCACGAUUGUCAGAUUUGAGUGUGAGCCCGGUUACGUUCGAAGCGGACAUCCAGUCAUUCUCUGCAUGAGCAACGGUACCUGGUCCGACGAAGUACCAACGUGUUCACGUGCUAAAUGUCCGCUGCUACCUACAAUUAAAAAUGGAUUUGUUGUUGAUAUCGGCAAAGAUUAUUACUUCGGCGAUGAAGUUAGGGUGCAAUGCAACAAAGGCUACAAAUUAUCUGGAUCAAAUAUCAUACAAUGCGGUCCUUAUCAACGAUUUGAUAAUGUGCCAACUUGCGAAGAUAUAAAUGAAUGCACAACGAGCCAAUGCGAUCUGGCAUCCACGGAAUGCAUGAACACUCCUGGUGCGUUUACCUGCAAGUGCAAGUCAGGUUUUGCACCGACUAUGGACUGUCGGCCUAUUGGCGAUCUUGGCCUCAUCAACGGCGGUAUUCCCGACGAGUCGAUCACAGUUUCAAGCUCAGAAAUUGGAUACACAAAAACCGGUAUCCGUUUGAACAACGGCGAUGGAUGGUGCGGCAACAGCCUCGAGCCUGGCGCGAACUGGGUAACAAUCGACAUGAAAGCACCAACAAUUAUUCGUGGCUUCCGCACGCAAGUUGUAGCCAGAAUCAACGGAAACAUCGCGUACACAACGGCCGUGCGAAUUCAGUACACAAACGAUCUGACGGAUAUUUUCAAAGAUUAUAAAAAUCCAGACGGUACACCGGUAGAGUUCAGGGUUUUGGAACCGACACUCUCCCUUCUGAAUCUACCUGUGCCUAUUGAAGCGCGCUACGUGAGAUUUAGAGUACAAGAUUAUUUCAAUGCACCGUGUAUGAAGCUGGAGAUAGCGGGUUGUACACGAUUGGAGUGUGCGGAUAUUAACGAAUGCACUAUCAGAAACGGUGGCUGCCAUCAGAAGUGCAUUAACAGUCCCGGCAGUUACUCCUGCAUGUGCAACACGGGCUUUGAGCUGUACAAGGGCAAUGGUACAGCCGGAUUCAGCCUGAUGAAAUCAGAAACUGGCGAGAGGGAUGGCGAUAUAUAUCAAAGAAAUAAAACUUGCGUGCCAGUGAUGUGCCCGCCGUUAACAGCACCGGAAAAUGGAAAAUUAUUGUCAACCAAGGAGCAGCAUCAUUUUGGUGAUCUCGUCAGAUUCCAAUGUAAUUUUGGUUACGUAUUAGCUGGAUCCUCAGCUGUAAUUUGUACCUCUUCCGGAGUUUGGAACGGAACCAUUCCCGAAUGUCAAUACGCGAAAUGCGUAUCCCUGCCUGAUGAUAAAAAUGAGGGUCUCACUGUAAUCCGAAACGACGAGACUAGCGUGCUAGUACCCUUCAAGCACAAUGUCACUCUGAAGUGCGGCAGCAACGGCCGCUACUUGCGCAACACCGCGACAUCCGAUUUCCGACAGUGCGUGUACGAUCCCAAACCUGGCUUCCCCGAAUACUGGCUGUCUGGUUUACAACCGGCCUGUCCUCGCGUGGACUGCGGCAAGCCGCUUCCCACGCCCGGCGCCGAAUAUGGCCAGUACCUAGAUACUAAGUACCAGUCCUCCUUCUUCUUCGGCUGUCAAGACACCUUCAAAUUAGCCGGACAGACCAAUCGCAACGACAACGUUGUGCGUUGUCAAGCAAACGGCGUUUGGGACUUUGGCAAUCUGCGAUGCGAGGGUCCGGUCUGUGAGGAUCCUGGCAGACCGAGCGACGGUUCUCAACUGGCCCGUAGCUACGAGCAAGGGUCGGAAGUACAAUUCAAUUGUAACAGGCCCGGUUACAUUCUCAUUAACCCGCGACCGAUCACCUGCAUUCGCGAGCCUGAAUGCAAGGUCAUCAGACCACUCGGUCUGGCCUCCGGACGCAUCCCAGACUCGGCUAUAAACGCUACCUCCGAAAGGCCAAAUUACGAGGCCAGGAACGUCCGGCUGAACUCGGUGACCGGUUGGUGCGGCAAGCAGGAGGCCUUUACUUAUGUCAGUGUCGAUCUUGGUCGCGUCUAUCGAGUGAAAGCGAUCCUCGUAAAGGGUGUGAUCACCAAUGACAUCGUUGGCAGACCUACGGAGAUCCGUUUCUUCUACAAGCAAGCAGAAAACGAGAAUUAUGUCGUCUAUUUCCCGAACUUCAAUCUAACUAUGCGUGAUCCUGGAAAUUAUGGCGAAUUGGCGAUGAUAACCCUGCCCAAGUACGUGCAGGCUCGUUUCGUAAUUCUCGGUAUUGUCAGCUACAUGGACAAUGCCUGUUUGAAGUUUGAGCUUAUGGGAUGCGAGGAGCCGGUAACCGAACCGUUGUUGGGUUACGAUAAUGGAUUUUCGCCCUGUGUGGAUAAUGAGGCGCCGGUCUUCCAAAAUUGCCCGCAACAACCGAUAAUCGUGCAGAAGGGAGCUAACGGAGAAUUGAUGCCGGUGAACUUUACAGUGCCAACCGCCGUCGACAACAGCGGCAGUAUCGCUCGAGUAGAAGUGAAACCUCCGAGUUUCAAAACUCCCAUUCAAAUUUUCGAAGAUACGUUCGUGAAAUACAUAGCGUACGAUUACGAUGGCAAUGUAGCUAUUUGCGAGAUCAACAUCACUGUUCCGGAUAUAACUCCACCGAAACUGAGCUGUCCCCAGAGCUACGUUAUCGAACUGAGCGACCGACAAGAGAGUUACUCCAUCAAUUUCAAUGAGACACGAAAACGCAUCAACGCUACGGACGCGUCCGGUCCAGUGAAGAUUACUUUCGUGCCAGAACGUGCAAUGAUUCAAACCGGUGAUUUUGAAAACGUUACGGUAUAUGCAACGGACUCCAGUGGCAAUAGAGCAACCUGUCAUUUCCAAGUUUCGGUCCAAGCAACGCCCUGCGUUGAUUGGGAAUUAAAACCGCCAGCUAAUGGUGGUCUAAAAUGUGUUCCCGGAGAUAAGGGACUACAAUGCAUAGCGACUUGCAAGGCUGGAUAUAGAUUCACCGACGGUUCGCCCGUAAAGACAUUUGGAUGUGAAAACAAACGGUGGACACCCUCGUCAAUGGUACCCGAUUGUGUUUCUGAAAACACGCAACAGGCCGAUUAUCAUGUAAUUGCUUCGGUAACUUAUCGUGCAAACGGCGCCGUUUCUCGAUCCUGCCUACCGAUGUAUCAGGACCUCAUGGCUCAGCAUUACUCGACUCUUAACAAUAUUUUGACUCAACGUUGCUCCGCUAUUAACGUGAAUAUGAACGUAUCUUUUAUCAGAUCGGUGCCUUUCCUGAUCGAAGAGAAUGUUGUCAAGAUGGACUUUAUCUUGGUAAUCGUUCCGGCACAACGUCAACCGCAAUUGUACGAUUUUUGUGGUUCCACGUUGAAUUUGAUCUUUGAUUUAUCGGUCCCUUACGCGAGCGCAGUUAUCGAACCUCUAUUGAACGUUUCUGCGAUUGGUAAUCAGUGCCCGCCUCUUCGUGCUCUCAAGUCAUCCAUUAACAGGGGCUUUACGUGCAGCAUUGGUGAAGUAUUGAACAUGGAUACCAACGAUGUUCCACGUUGCCUGCACUGUCCUGCCGGAACCUUCGCCGGAGAGAAACAGAAGCAAUGCACAGCCUGCCCGAAGGGCUUCUAUCAGAAUAGCGACCGUCAAGGUUCCUGCUUACGCUGUCCAUUCGGCACGUAUACGAAGGAGGAAGGCUCGAAAAGUAUAGACGACUGCGUACCAGUUUGCGGUUACGGCACAUACUCGCCCACCGGUCUCGUACCUUGCCUCGAAUGUCCUAGGAACAGCUACACCGGCGAACCGCCGAUUGGAGGCUACAAGGACUGUCAGACCUGUCCAGCUGGGACGUUCACUUACCAACCGGCUGCGCCCGGUCGCGAUCGUUGCCGUGCCAAAUGUUCGCCGGGCAUGUACUCGGAUACGGGACUCUCUCCUUGCGCUCAGUGUCCCAAGAACUUCUUCCAACCUCAGCAUGGCGCGACCACGUGUGUCGAGUGUCCCACAAACAUGUACACGGACGGACCUGGUUCGGUCGGUCGCGAGGAGUGCAAGCCUGUCCAGUGUACCGACAGCGUGUGUCAGCACGGUGGUCUUUGCGUGCCGAUGGGACACGGCAUACAUUGCUUCUGUCCGGCUGGCUUCUCAGGAAGACGUUGCGAGAUCGAUAUCGACGAGUGCGCAUCUCAGCCGUGUUACAACGGUGCCACUUGCAUAGAUCUGCCGCAAGGAUACAGGUGUCAGUGCGCCAACAGCUAUUCUGGCAUCAAUUGUCAAGAUGAGAAAUCGGAUUGUACAAAUGAUACGUGUCCAGAAAGAGCCAUGUGCAAGGAUGAGCCUGGGUUUAACAAUUACACGUGUCUCUGUCGAUCCGGAUACACCGGAGUCGAUUGCGACAUCACUAUAAAUCCUUGCACGGCCAGUGGAAAUCCUUGCAAUAACGGCGCAACUUGCAUAGCUCUUCAGCAAGGCCGCUACAAAUGCGACUGUCUGCCAGGAUGGGAAGGUCAAAGUUGUGAGAUCAAUACCAACGAUUGUGCUGAGCGACCUUGUCUACUCGGCGCCAACUGCACCGAUCUGAUCGCCGAUUUCACGUGCGACUGUCCACCGGGAUUCACUGGUAAACGCUGCCACGAUAAAAUUGAUCUCUGCUCGGGCAAUCCUUGCCUGAACGGAAUCUGCGUGGACAAACUCUUCAGUCACGAGUGUAUCUGCCAACCGGGAUGGACCGGGACGGCCUGCGAGACGAACAUCAACGAAUGCGCAUCAAGACCAUGUCGGAACAAUGGCCAAUGCAUCGACCAGAUCGACGACUACACGUGCACCUGCGAGCCCGGUUAUACGGGCAAGCAGUGCCAGCACACAAUCGACGACUGCGCGUCGGAUCCUUGUCAGAACGGAGCCACGUGCAUAGACCAACUGCAGGGCUUCGUCUGCAAGUGUAGACCGGGCUUCGUCGGGCUGCAGUGCGAGGCGGAAAUCGACGAGUGUCAGAGCGAUCCUUGCAAUCCGAUCGGCACCGAUCGCUGCGUAGAUCUCGAUAACACCUUCGUCUGCCACUGUCGUGAAGGCUACACCGGACCGUCCUGCGAGUUUGACAUAGAUGAUUGCGCGUCCGAUCCGUGUCUGAACGGUGCGACGUGUAGAGAUGAGGUCGGUGCGUUCAAGUGUAUAUGCCCGGAGGGAUGGAGCGGGGUGUACUGUCAAACAGAUGUCGGCAAUUGUCAGAAUCGACCUUGCCAGAACGAUGCCACCUGCGUGGAUCUGUUUAUGGAUUACUUCUGCGUCUGUCCGUCCGGAACCGAUGGCAAACAAUGCGAAACGGCGCCGGAACGCUGCAUCGGAAAUCCAUGCAUGCAUCACGGCCGCUGUCAAGAUUUUGGUUCUGGCUUGAAUUGUACUUGCCCUAACGAUUACACCGGUAUUGGCUGUCAAUACGAAUACGAUGCUUGUCAAGCCGGCGCUUGCAAAAAUGGAGCCACUUGCAUCGACGAAGGCCCUGGAUUCACUUGUAUAUGCCCUCCAGGAUAUACCGGCCAAACUUGCGAGGAAGAUAUAAUAGAUUGCAAAGAGAAUUCUUGCCCACCAUCGGCAACCUGUAUUGAUCUCACAGGCAAAUUCUUCUGCCAGUGCCCGUUCAAUCUGACUGGCGAUGAUUGCAGAAAAUCUAUCCAAGUGGACUACGAUUUGUACUUCAGUGAUCCGGGACGCAGCAGUGCUUCCCAGGUCAUUCCAUUCUUCACUGGCUCCACGAAGAGCCUAACUAUCGCUAUGUGGGUGCAGUUUACUCAGAAAGACGAAGCUGGAAUUUUCUUUAGUCUUUACAGCGUCAGUUCGCCGCACGUUCCAACGAACCGAAGACUUAUGAUCCAGGCACACAGUAAUGGUGUCCAGGUAUCUCUCUUCCACGACCUGCAAGAUGUCUACCUGCCAUUCAGAGAAUACGCGACCAUAAAUGACGGACAAUGGCAUCACGUCGCUGUUGUCUGGAACGGUGAGAAUAGCGGAGAACUCAUUUUAAUCACAGAAGGCCUCAUUGCUAGCAAGACUGAGGGCUACGGUAGUGGCAGAUCACUCCCAGCAUACGCAUGGACAGUAUUAGGAAAACCGCAGAGCGACACUACGAAAGGUUACACGGAGUCUGGCUUCCAAGGCCAUCUGACCAAGGUGCAAGUCUGGGGUCGUGCGUUGCACGUAACGAACGAGAUUCAGAAGCAAGUUCGCGAUUGCCGCACGGAACCGGUUCUUUAUCAAGGCUUGGUGUUGACGUGGGCAGGAUACGACGAGACCGUAGGUGGUGUCGAGAGAGUCGUGCCGUCGCACUGCGGGCAGCGAGUAUGUCCACUCGGUUACGGCGGCAACAAAUGCCAGCAACUCGAGGCCGACAAGAUUCCACCCAGAGUGGAGCACUGCCCGGGCGAUCUUUGGGUAAUUGCGAAGAACGGAUCAUCGAUCGUCACCUGGGACGAACCACUUUUCAGUGACAAUGUCGGCGUCGUUAGGAUCCAGGAGAAGAAUGGACACCGAUCUGGACAAACUCUGUUAUGGGGCACCUACGAUAUCAGCUAUGUGGCUUACGAUCAGGCCGGAAACUCCGCUAGCUGUAGCUUUAAAGUUUACGUAUUGUUCAACUUUUGCCCACUAUUGGACGAUCCUAUUGGUGGUACGCAACAAUGCAAAGAUUGGGGCUCGGGCGGCCAGUUCAAGGUCUGCGAGAUUAGCUGCAACGCCGGACUUCGAUUCUCACAAGAGGUCCCUAAAUUCUACACGUGCGGUGCAGAAGGCUUCUGGAGACCCACCAGUAAUCCUAGUCUACCUUUGGUGUAUCCAGCUUGUACGAGCGCUGCGUCAGCUCAAAGGGUUUUCAGAAUUAAAAUGAAUUUCCCCACAUCGGUGCUUUGCAAUGAGGCCGGCCAAGGUGUACUCAAACAAAAGGUUCGAAAUGCCGUGAACUCUUUGAACAGAGACUGGAAUUUCUGUUCGUAUUCUUACGAAGGCACUCGCGAAUGCAAGAAUCUUGAUAUUGACGUAAAUUGCGAUCACCGCAUACGUACAACGAGAGAAACGAACGAGGAAGACGGUGGAACGUACGUCGUUUCUGCUGCUGUGCCCGCGGAACCAACGAGAAAGGGUCGCCAAGGCAGUGACACCUACGAGGUGGAGAUCUCGUUCCCAGCGAUAAAUGAUCCGAUUCUGAAUGCUAAUUCGAACGAGCGUUCUACUGUACAAACGUUGCUUGAAAAACUGAUCUUGGAAGAGGACCAAUUCGACGUUCACGACAUUCUACCUAAUACAGUGCCAGAUCCCGCAUCUCUUGUCUUGGAAUCCGAUUACGCCUGUCCUAUUGGUCAAGUUGUUAUGGCACCGGAUUGUGUACCAUGUGCGGUGGGCACUUUCUAUGACGAAGAGACGAAGCAAUGCGUGUCCUGUCCCGUGGGCACUUACCAGAGCGAGUCCGGAAAAUUAAAGUGCAAUUCCUGCCCAAUAAUCGCCGGCCGUCCCAGCGUGACCGAGGGUCCUGGAGCGCGUAGCGCGGCGGACUGCAAAGAGCGUUGUCCUGCCGGCAAGUACUACGACGACGUACUCGGUCUCUGCCGUAACUGCGGCCAUGGAUUCUACCAACCGAAUGAGGGAAGCUUCUCCUGCCAGCUGUGCGGCCUCGGAAAGACCACGAGAACGGGUGAAGCGGUCUCGCGGGAAGAAUGUCGAGACGAGUGCGGGUCCGGACAGCAGUUGGCCGUCGAAGGAAAAUGCGAGUCUUGCCCGCGCGGCACGUAUCGAACCCAAGGGGUGCAGGCAGCCUGUCAGUCCUGUCCACUCGGCAGAACCACCCCGAACAUGGGAUCAGCGCAGGUUGAGGAUUGCUCGCUCCCUGUCUGUGAACCCGGAACAUUCCUCAACGGUACUCUUAACGAGUGCGUGGAGUGUAAGAAAGGAAGUUAUCAAUCGGAGCCGCAGCAAACCUUCUGCAUCCCAUGCCCGCCGAACACCAGUACCAAAGGAUCUGCUGCUACAAGCAAGUCAGACUGCACGAAUCCUUGCGAGACCAGCGGCGAAGAAAUGCAUUGCGACGCAAACGCGUACUGUCUGCUUAUACCUGAGACGAGCGACUUUAAAUGCGAGUGUAAACCUGGAUACAACGGCACCGGAACCGUGUGCACGGACGUGUGUCUGGGCUAUUGCGACAACGAGGGUGUCUGCCUGAAGGAUUCGCGCGGACAACCCUCGUGCAGAUGCAGCGGCAGCUUCACAGGCAAACAUUGUACAGAGAAGUCCGAAUUCUUCUACAUCACGGGCGGCAUAGCGGGAGGUGUUAUUCUGAUAAUUAUUGUCGUGCUACUCGUCUGGAUGAUUUGCGUCAGAGCCUCUAGAAAAAAGGAGCCGAAGAAGAUGCUUACUCCGGCAACCGACCAAAACGGUUCCCAAGUAAAUUUCUAUUAUGGUGCGCCAACGCCGUACGCCGAGUCGAUAGCGCCGUCACAUCACAGCACGUACGCUCAUUAUUACGACGACGAGGAGGAUGGCUGGGAAAUGCCCAAUUUCUAUAACGAAACUUAUAUGAAAGAGAGCCUGCACAACGGUGGCAAGAUGAACAGUCUUGCCCGAUCGAACGCCAGUAUUUACGGCACGAAAGACGAUCUUUAUGACAGACUGAAGCGUCACGCGUAUACCGGUAAAAAAGAUAAGAGCGACAGCGACAGCGAAGGCCAGUGACCGGGUAGAACAAUGACUUUCACGCCAACGUAGAAUACGAAAAAGCGGGAGAUAUCAGUGUAAUCAGACGGGACGACGACGAUAUCUCAUCCUUCGAGCGACGUCGUCGUCGUUGCUCCUCGACCGAUCGACGGAUCUUGUUAUUUAUUACAUUACCAUUCAAUACAGCGUCGCACGCGAGAUCCGCGAUCGUUCUGAUCGCGCGACCGGAUGUGGGACAGAAACAGAGAGAAAGAGAGAGAGAGAGAGAGAGAGAGAGAGAGAGAGAGUGAGAAAGAGAAAUGCCCGGACGGAAUCGCGAGAUCUCGCGUCGCGUCGACGCAAGAGAUGCGCUUCGAUCGACAGCUGGCGAGUGACGCAAGAGUCCUGGAACGACGAUCGGCAGACCGAUGAUGCACCGAUCGUCGCUUCGGCACGCGUCCAGCAAAUUCGAGACGCGCCGGAGGGCCGUGAAAGAAAAAAGAAAUUGGAGAACCCGUCCGUUCGUCCUUCGAAGUGAAAUUCGAUGCGUGUUCAAUGAUUAAAGAGACUUUUAUGCGCGAGGUUGUAUUUUUUGUAAUUUAAUAGAACGUUAAGGACCAGUCCGACACCACCCGAUAUCAUCAUCCCUCUCCCUCUCCCUCCGUCCCCAAUCCCCUCUUUUUUUUAUUAACUCAUACGAUCGACGGUGCGUACAUGAGAGAAACAGUGUGCUUGUAUGUUAAUAUAACUAUACGUACGUGGAUUUAUAUUUUGUUACACGGAAGGUAUACGCAUCACGUUGUAAUAUAAUAGUGUGCGGGCGCGCGACGAGCGCAACGGGGAAGUUUGAUGAGAUUUUGAGUUCGAUUUUAGCGACUGUGGAAAAGAAGAAGUUGAGAAGGGAGAAGGGAAGUCUCGCCAAGAAGAUCGGUUCAUUCGUGAUGACCAAAAACCAUUGGAAGCAUUAUAUUCAUAUUCUUUAAUGCGAUGAUAAUCUCUCUGUAAAAAAAAAAAAAAAAAAAAAAAAAAA